AUGCUUCGUAAUUCCCUCGCCGGCGUCGACGCGGCAAGGCGCGCCGAGCUGGUGGAAUGGGCGGAAUCGACUUGGGAGAGCGGCGAGAAGGACGAGGUCAUGGCUCACCAGGUGUCGCCCGAUCGCAUGUCGCUAGCAGCAGAAGCAGCUGUGGGGCAGAACGCGUCGGGAAUAUCAGGAACGUGGGGCAGGGUUGGAGUUAUCGAGGGUGUUGGUGUUCUGAGCGCGGUUCCGAGCCCUAACUCGCUGUCGUCCGUUGCUGCAAACCCUUUCACGCGGAACCUCACAGAUCCCAGCAACCGCGUCAGCAGCGCGGAGAAUGCGCAGUCGUCGCAGGGAUACGACUGGGCGCAGAAUGCGAGAGGCGGGAAGAGGCGGGCGAACUCAGGGGGCUCCGUUGCUGCAAUAGACCUGAGCGCGCAUUCUCACGGAGCUACGCAGCUUUCCCAGCAAGUUUCCCCCCACCAUCAGUAUUCUCCGCACCACAGAGUACCAUCCCCGCAAAUGCGCCUGUUAUCUCCGCAACACCCGCUGCAAUCUCGUCUGCUCUCCCCGCAGCUUCCCCCGCAACGGCGCCUGCUUUCCCCGCAGCUUUCUCCACAGCCUCGCCUACUCUCACCGCAGCACAACUCGAUGCUCUCCCCCCACCAUUCUCCCCAUCGCUCCCCCCACCUCUCACCAAACCACUCCCCUCACCGCUCCCCCCACCCCUCUCCCCAUCGCUCCCCCCACCUUUCCCCCCAGCCUCGACUUCUCUCCCCGCAGCGCUCCCCGCAGCCUCGACUUCUCUCCCCGCAGCUCUCCCCCCAGCCUCGACUUCCCCCCAACAUUCCAUUUCAGCCGCUCCAUCGGCUACUCUCCCCGCAACACUCCGGGGCGGAUCCGCGUGAGCGCGCCAUCCGCCGCACGAUCUCCAUGCCUGAGGCGGAUUUUGACGCCGCUCUUCCCUUUCCGCGCGCGCACGGCGCUUCCGCCGAGGGCGCAGCAUUCGCGCCCGGGAGCAGGAACGCGCUGGGCGCAGCGGGGUUGCUUCCGCGGUUGCGGAGCCCGCAACUGGCAACGGGGGUGCGCGGAGUGAUGCUAAGAGCGAUUGAGGGGCACAAGAGGGGCGCGUCCGCGGACAUCGUGGAGACCGCGCAGAGGGCGCUGCGCAAGAGCAGGUGGGCCGGCGGGGGGCCGGGCAGGGAAGGGCGGUGGGGGCCGAUGAGCGCUAGGGAAUGGCGGCCGGGAAUGGAGGUGAAAGGUUUCAACGGAGCAGGAAUGGGAGCAGCAGAAAGCGGAGGGGACGAAGAGGGAAGAGGAGUAGGAGGAAGAGGUGGGGUGAUGGGGGAAGAGGCCGCUGGCGGUAGCAGCAAUGACAGCAUCAAGAUCAUGGUGCAGCCCGCAGAAUGGGCGGGCGAGGCGGAAGGGGACAGGGCGCGCAAGGGGCAGUGGCGCAAGGGGGGGCAGGGGGGGCAGGUGAUAGGGCGGGCAGUGGAGCAAGCGAGGCGGUGGCAGGUGAAUCUGUAG